AUGUACCUGUUUAGUCAUCUUCAUAUCAUUGCUCGAAACCCUCAUCAGGAUCUAUAUGACUAUUUACGCGAUAAGCUUGAGGGAUUUAUAUCAUUUUACGAACCUGAUCAACCGCCUAAGGUAGAUGCCAUCCGACGGACUCCUGGCGAUAAGCCAGAGCUUGUCAUCAUCGACGACUAUAGCAACGAUAAAAACCUUCAGAAGAAUGUAUUCAGUCAUUACUUUACCAGAGGUCGGCAUUUCAAAUUGAGUACCAUAUUCCUAAGCCACAGCUGGUUUGCAACGGACAAGAUGAUUAGAUUGAAUACGGAAUACGUCGCGCUCCUCCGAGCAAACUCUCGUCGGGAUUUGAAGCUACUUAUCACCGACUUUAAUAUACCAGGUCUGACUGAGGAAGGCAUCCUUCAUUAUUAUAACCGGGCGAUUUCUCGAGGAAAAGGCCAGAUGCUCUUUAUCGAUAGUGUCAAGGGUCAAAUACGCUAUAACUUUGAUACACCAAUUAAAAUUGGUGAAAAUUAUUAA